CCAGUUUUCCGUGUUUCAAAGCGUUCGUAAAUUUAAUGCAACAUCCUGAAAGAUGGCUGAAGAUUUUGAAACUUUAGGAUGCAAACAUUACAAGCGAAAAUGUGCAUUUAUUUCCCCGUGCUGUGGAAAGGUUUACACAUGCAGACUGUGCCAUGAUGAAAAGGAGAUGCAUACAAUUGAACGUACUUCUGUCAAGCAAAUUCAGUGCCUCGGUUGUAGAGUCAAACAAAAGGUAAAGGCUGUAUGUUCUCAUUGCAAGGUGACAUUUGGCAAAUAUUUUUGUGAAGUUUGUCGGUUGUAUGACGAUGAUGAAAAGGGACAGUUCCAUUGUGAAGGGUGUGGAAUUUGCAGGGUUGGUGGACGAGACAAGUACUUUCAUUGUAGCAAGUGUGACAUGUGCAUGCCAAUCUCUAGUCAGGAGCAACACAAGUGCAUAGAGAAAGUGUCCCGGACUAACUGCCCAGUUUGUAUGGAGGAUCUGCACACAUCAAGAGAUGGCUCCACUAUACCUCCAUGUGGUCAUCUCAUACAUGGGACAUGCUAUAAACAGAUGCUCUCAAAAGGACACUUUGCCUGUCCAAUGUGUGGAGAGGCAAUGGUUGAGAUGGACAACAUUUGGAAGAGGCUGGAUGAGGAGGUUGCUAACACACAGAUGCCUGAAGAAUACAGAGACACCAUCAUUAACAGUUUAUGCAAAGAUUGCCACAAGACUAGCAAAACUAAGUUCCAUGUCCUUGGCCAGAAGUGCCAACAUUGUGGAUCCUACAAUACGUGUGGUGCUGAUGAUGACAUUGAAGAGAAUCCAAACACUGCUGGCUAUGAAGAAACUGGUGCAGGUGACACAGCAUCUCCUAAUGAUGUAGAUGAACGAAGUGUUGCAGCUCAAACCAUAGAUACAGAGAGUGAAAGGACGGGUACAUCAGUAGACUGAAUAGUACUUCAGUAGAUUUAACAGAUGGUGCAUAUAAGGAUGUAUUAUGAAAUAGUUCUAAUAUGAUUCCUGAUUCAGCAGUGUGAUAUAGCCAUAAGUUAAAAUAAACUAUAAAAGUGACAUAUCCCAUAUUUUAUCCCCAUGGCUUAAAGCAAGACAUUU